CGACAACAAGUUGAGCUUAUAAACGAAUAACGAAAAUGUGUGUUUAGGGACAAAGCAAGGCGCCUGCCCGACGGUGCCGAACCACGUUCCGACCACCGGUCUGCAGCACGAUUGCGACGAAGACCGUUACUGUCCGAACGGGAGAAAGUGCUGCGACACUCUCUCAGGAAGAAAGUGUCUCCUUCCAGACGCUUCUGUGGCAAGCCACUUCAAGAGGGGUUCAUGUCCUGACUUUGACCACAGUACGCUCAGCCCGGCGACCCUACAACAGGAUCACUGCAUAUCUGACCAAGGAUGUGUGGGCCAUUUGAAAUGUUGUUUGACCGUCAGUGGGACCAGAUGUAUGCUGCCGGAAGGUAUCUGCUCCAAUGGUCUGCUGUCACCCGCCCACUGCGAUACGCCGAACACGUGCCCACGUGGCUACGAGAACUGUGAAGCAGGUCAGUGUUGCCCAUGA